AUGACUUGCGAAGCGUGCCGUACCAUUCCCCCGGUCAUCUCCGAGGGAUACACUCCCAAAGGCACCUACUCUGACAUUGCCGGUGUGAAGACCUGUACCCAGACCCUCCAGGGAGCUGAUCUCCUCGCCGCCCGUCUCAAUGCCGUCGUGUUGGUCCCGGACUUCUUCAAUGGCGGAGGGGCCGCACUCGAGUGGUUUCCCCCGGACACGGAAGAGAAGAACAAGGCACUGUGGGGUUUUAUUAACACCCAUGCUUCAAUUCCUGAAAAUGUCGAGAUCCUUAACAAAGUCAUUGCGGAGGCCAAGGCUCGGUUCUCGUCUGUGAAGGGCUGGGCUGGGUUCGGAUUGUGUUGGGGUGGAAAGGUUACUGUCCAAAUCUCGGGACCUAACUCGCCCUUCCUCGCCUCGGGACAAGUUCACCCUGGGUUGGUGGAUGUCGAGGAGGCCCGGAAGCUGACCAUUCCCCACAUCUUUCUCGCCUCCAAGGAUGAACCGGCUGAUGCUGUCAAGGCGUACUCUAAGGUGAUUGCCAGUAAUGGCAUUGGGGGGCAUGUUGAGACUUAUCCGACCAUGUGGCAUGGCUGGAUGGGUGCCCGUGCCAAUCUGACAGGAGAGGAGAGCUUGGCGGAGUACAAGCGGGGCGUAGGUGCAAUCUACCUACACCAACUCCAACGAGCCGGCUGCAUCGUCACUGCUGUCUGCCGUUCCAACUACGACGUCGUCGCCCACCAAGGCUUCAGCCUGUGCAGCCCCCGCUUCGGCAGCGUCACCUACCGUCCCGACCACACCGUCCGCUCCGUCCACGACUGUCCCCGCGACAUCGAAUACGACUAUGUUCUCGUCACCACCAAGGCAUUUCCGGGUCGCAUUCCCUCCCUAGCGGACCAGUUGCGACCGGUACUCGAGAAUCGCCCGACCACGGCGAUCGUCCUCGCGCAGAACGGCAUCGAAAUCGAGAAAGAUAUCGCAGAGGCGUUCCCUUCCAACCCUAUAAUCAGCGGAGUGGUCUAUCUACCCACUAUUCAGACGGAGGCAGGGGUGAUUGACCAUGCAGAGACACUGGAUCUCUUGGAGCUGGGAACGUAUCCAGCCCGCGCGCCGGAGAGUCAUAAACGCAAGGCGGAGCGGUUCGUGGAUUUGAUGGUGCGGGGUGGUGGCGAUGCCGUGCUGUUUGAGGAUAUACAAGAGGCGAGAUGGGCGAAGCUGUUGCUGAACGCAGCAUGGAAUCCGAUCUGUGCGUUGUCAUUGUGCACGGAUGGUGGGUUCCUGUUGACGUCGGAGCCAUUUGCGCGUGAUUUGACGUGGGGAAUCAUGAUGGAGAUUGUGGCCUUGGCGAAGGCGGUGGGGAUCGCUGGGGUGGAUGAGGAGGCGGCCAAGAAGAGGUUUGCGUUGGCGGAGAGACGCGCCCGAGAAGGGACGGGCAGAGAGGUGAGUAUGUUGCAAGAUGUGCGCAUGGGGAGGCCGUUUGAGAUCGAGGCUAUUGUUGGGAAUGCAGUGCGUCUGGGGAGAACAUGCGGGGUGUCCAUGCCCCGGCUGGAGACAGUGUAUGCCUUGGCUAAGGGGAGGUUGGAUGCCUUGAUGGGGGCGGGUGUAUAG